AUUUUUCCUUCCUUCCUUCCUCCCUUCCUUCCUCCCUCCCUCCCUUCCUGACCUCGAUCUAUACCUGAUAAAUACAGCAGGACAGUGUCUGACUGAGGAUGUUGGGGGACCCCAGCUACUGACUUCAGAAGUUGUGUGAUCACACCAGACCAGAAAAAAAAGGGGAGGGGGGUUGUCCCCGCACCCUGUGUGAAAGCAGCUGUCCUUCCUCAACCCUCUAGGUUUAGCUUCAGCCCAUUUUGCGACCACACCGCCAAUAAACUGGACAAACCCAGCCGGCGUACGGUAGAACCUCAAAAAGCAAGUCUCGGUCCGUCUCAGGCAAGUCAGCCGUCAGAGCCACGACGCCGGGCAGCCCAGGGCAGGGGAGCUUCUCUUGGGCCCGACGGGGGAACCCAGGACUUGGGCUCUGGGGACCCAGGCUCCAGCCCGAGGGCGCUGGGUGAACCCAGGAGGCGCGAAGGAAAGUUCCCGCCGGCUGCCCCGCUUGAAGCAGCGCCGUCGAGGCCCGGAGGAGCGCGCUCGGGGCAUAAAAAGAAAGGGGUUAAUUUGCCAGCUAGCUCUGCAGCCGGCAGAGGCCCCAGCGUGGGGCGCUGAGCACUUGCAAUGCAUUCCUCCCCCAACCCUCCCCAGCAGAGGGACUGAGUCUGAAUCCCGGCUCGUGAAUGGCUUCAUUGAGGAGGAGGACUGGGCUGGGUUAGGUGCACAAAAGUCUGCUCCCGCUGGGCUCGGCGGUGACGGGAGGAAACCAGCACGGGCCAGGGGAGAGCCUCCAGCCCCCCCAGCCCCCACCAGCAGCACCCACGAUGUCCGUGAUGCUCAGCAAUGCCCACCAAGGAGGAAAAGCCUUCCGUUUACUGAAAGCUGAGCAAGAAGGGAGGCUAGAGGAAAUAAAUAAAGAGUUUCUCUGUGACCCAAAGUUUAGUGAUGAAGAGGACCUGGAAGAAAAGCUUGCUGUUUUUAAAGAAAAAUACAUGGAGUUCGACCUGAAUAAUCAAGGCGAAAUCGAUCUAAUGUCUGUGAAAAGGAUGAUGGAGAAAAUGGGGAUGCCCAAGACUCACUUAGAGCUGAAAAAAAUGAUAUCCGAAGUCACUGGGGGUAUCAGCGAAACCAUCUCGUACCACGAUUUUGUCACCCUGAUGCUUGGGAAGCGGUCCGCCGUCCUCAAGCUGGUCAUGAUGUUUGAGGGCAAGAGUCAGGACAGCACCCCCAAAGUUUCAGGUCCUCCUCCAGAAAGAGAUCUCUCAAGUCUUCCUUAGAGAGAAAGGAGAAUCUCCAACCCAGCUGGAUCUUCUCACCUCUGUCCUGCAGGACCAUCGCUAGAUCUCUGCUCUGUUGCUUUUAAACCAGCCUGUUUUAGAAACCCAUGGACUCCACCCAAAGGAAUGACAGGGAAAAAUCCACAAGUCAUCUUCCAGAGGAGUAUCUAACUAGCCCCUAAUUUUUAUUGUUCUAACCUGAAUUGCAAGCCCCGUCUUUCUCAAGAAUGGAAGAACACUCAAAAUGCAAAAUCCAAAUUUCAUGGACCGUUUUUCUGCUGAUGUUGCUCCCCAAAUCCUUCUCUUGCUUUUGCUUCCAAAUCUGAAAUAGAUCAGAUGUUCUCUACCACCACUUCUCUUCCAAACAGAAACUACUUUCAUGAAAGUUUUUUCCAUGCAGCUGAAAAAAAAGGCAAUCGUGGUCAUGUCGGUCGAAGGGGGAAAAAUCCCAAGGAUUUAGCUGGGUAAUAUCUUUCGUAGGACCCACCCAAACCACACACAAGCUUUUGAGCUCCCCAGAAUUUUGCAUCAGGCUGUAUGUUAUUUAAAAAAAAAUAUGGUGAAGAAGUAAAACAAAAAAACCCCCAAAUCAGAGAAGUUUUAGGCCAAGUUGGAUGGUGUAGACUUGAUUGAAGUCAUGGUUAGCUCUGGAGUUGGGGUCUACAAAUGAAAAAAAAAUAUGUCCAGCUUUUGCAGAACCACCACAAAACAUUUCUAAGUGCCUUUUUCCAGUAAGGAGCAACUUCCCUGAUUUCUGAUGACCCUUUUUCCUUCCGUCCCCCUCCACAAUGCAAACAUUUUUGCAACGGCCCCGUUCUACUGGUUUUCUCAUCUUGGUUUCUUUCUUCAAGCCAACUCAACCACUUUCCUUGACCAGAUCAGUGUGUCUUCCCCUUCUUGAUAUGUGACUGCGGAGUGAGAAACAUUUGGCUGUGGAGUUGGUUUUAAUCAUCUUAAGGUCUUCUUCCUCUUUGAAUGGCUGAGUUGCCCCAUCAUCAAGUCUCUGUUGAGUUGAACUCAACUCCUGAUGAGUAACUGGAUACUCAAGUUCUCUCAUUAUCUUGGUAACAAUACAAAGUGAUUUGUCAUUUACUUCUUUGGGGUUUUCUUUUUUUUCAACCUCCCAGUCUAGCCAUUCAGCCUCGGGGCCUUCUGAUGUCUCCCAUUCAAACACUAACCAGCUUCAACCCUGCUUAGCUUUUCAAGAUUGGCUAGUUGCUGUCCCCCGCUGCCUUGAAACCCAGAUGAACAAAUACAGUUCCUAUGCGUCCAUGGCACACCCCACCAAAUAAACCAG